AUUCGCCACCUCAAUUCGAUACGACAAUUUUAACGAAAUUCGACCAAAAAUCGAGACGCGCGCGCUAAGUGCACCAACGCCGCUGCAAGAACAACCGCAGUUUAAUAAUUCGUACAUAUAUACAUAAAUUAGCAACGGAAUAUUUAAAUGAAUUUUUAUUCUCAAUUUUUCUCAACUUAAUGGAAAAUAGAUUUAUUAGUUCAUGCAAGAAGCGAUAAUAAAUUUUUGGAAACACAUAACAACCAAUUAACGCGAACAAACGAGAAGAAGAAAAAAACACUUAACUAAAACGAUUCGAAUAAUCCGAAAAGAAACGGGAAAAAACAAAAAAUAAAAAUUAAUUCACGGACAAAAAUAUUUGAAUCAAGGAAUUUUUCUCUAAAAAUUUACGCCACCACAGAAAGCAGUAAAUUUUAUUCACACACAUACAUAUGUUCCUAUGCUGACAAGCCGAAAAAAUUCGACGUGCAAAAUUUUUUCGGAAUACAAAUUCAAUAGCCAAAAUUCAGUUAUCAAACGAAUUUGUGAUUUGUGUUAUUACCCCACGUACGCCUAGAAUAGAGGAGCUUGUGCUGAAUUUUGUUACAAAAAAAAAAAAAAAACAAUAUCUGAAAACUUGAAGUUUACUAAAAAGAAAGAAACAUUCAUUGAAACAUUUUAAUUCAAAACAACAAACUUGAAACUCAGAGUGCCAAAAAUGGUUGCACAGUGGCAAUUAAUCAAUCAAAAUUAUAAAAAUAUGGAUGGUUAUAAGCGCGUUGCUUGGCCACCCGUAUCGGAAGAGCGUGUCGUUAGGGAAUUCACGCCACAACCAACAUCUGGUCAUUAUCCUGUAUCGGGUUCGCAACAGCAACAACAACCACCAGCGCAACAGCAUCAGCCACAACACUUGCAGCAGCAGCAGCAGCAGCAGCAGCAACAACAACCACCAUCUCAUUAUCAACAACAACAACCGAACGCUGCGCCAGCCAACCAG